AGACGGUUGGCGAGUGGCGACGCGUCUGGCGCUGAGAGAGCAAAGUGUGGGAACAUGCCCCUGAACCCUGACGUCCGUCGAGGUUGGGUUUAAAACUAGAUGGAACGUGAGGGAAGGAGGAACACCUUUGAACCCACUCCAUCGGAUCUGUCAUUCAUAUUUAAGGGCCCUCAUUCCGUGGUUGGAAUGAUUAGUCUCAGUGAACAUCCAAGCUACCACAGAACAAUAGAGAAUUCUCAUUUCUCUCAUAGUGCUAUUUUUUCACUUUCAUCUCCGUGAGAGCCAAUCUCAAAGGCCGCCUACUCUCACCUUUGUUAUUGCUUGGUCCAACGCUUUUGAGAACAGCUGAGCUUCGACUGGUCUCUUCAGACAAUCAAGGACUGUCGUUUCAAGUCCGGGUUUAUUAGUUCGAAUUCUUCACAAAUCGCAAAUACAAAUCACAAAUACAAGAUGACCUCAGGGAGCGUCAGCUUGAAAAGCUUUGCUUGGCCUUUGAAGACCAAGAAACGCCAUCGUUCGGGGUCCGGUGGCAGCAAAGACCAUGAAGCCAAAAAGAAGUCUUUCCUCAACCGUCGACAAAGUACACAAGCUCGACGUCCGAGUGGAUUUGGAUCCUCCACUUGCAAUUUAGAAGUAGUGGCUCCAGUCACUUCAGAUGUUGAAUUCAAGUUUUGCUGGCCCAUUGAGGGCUUUUUGAAGCAGGCCAAGGGAUCUUCAUCUCGCUCUAGUAUCAACAGCAACGACUUUGAAGAUAAACCGAGCAGCGGAUUGGACAGCAAAACAUUCGAGAUCAAUGUCAAUGGAGUUCACACCACCUGGAAUCUAUCCAUUCGCUUUUGGACCGGCGAAGAUGGAGAACGCCUCGCCAACCCAUUCGUCCUCUGCUUGAAUAUGCUCUCUUGUUCCAUUCGAAAACCGCUAGAUGUGGGUAUCAAGUACAAAUUCGGCGUCCUUAACCGAUGCAAUGGAGACUUCGAGAUGGGCUCCACGGAGAUCAAGCCUGAUCUAAAACUGGAAAACACCCAAGAACUCCGGUCCAUCGGCUACAAAAACAUCGCCAUCAGUGAAAAACAUAUCAAUUCCUCCGGGGACAUUGAGCUGGUUUGCAAGAUGAGGCUGUUGAAGGAUGACUCGGAGAAUCACUCAUUGUCCUCCGAUUUGAAGGCACUGAUCAAUGAUGAAAAAAGCUCGGAUUUGAUUCUUGAAGCCGAUGGAAAGACAUUCAAAGUCCACCGAAACAUUCUUUGCGCACGAUCUUCCGUCUUUGCCGCUCUCCUCAGUAACAAAAUGACCCCAUCUUCAAGAGUCGAAGUUGGGUCGACCCAAUCCGGAAUGCUCCGGAAAAGUCCGGUUCAAAUUGGCGACGAGCACCAGCCGGCCAUUGAGAGCGAAGAUGAUUCCACAAAUAAUAACAAAGUCCCUCUUCAAGCCAAAGAUGAUGAUGACUCCGUCCCGCCGUCGGAUACGGAUAAACAUGAGAUUCAUCCAGUAAGCGCCAUUCAGAAAUUGGAAAUCAAGGAUAUUCACGCCAAAACGUUGGAGCAAUUGUUGGAAUACAUUUACACCGAUAGCUCAUUGAACGUCGAUGCCAAGAACAGCUCCCUAUUAGCGGCUGCUCAGAAUUACAAGCUCUUGGGGUUGAAAUCGCAGUGCGAGAAUCACCUGGGAGAGAUCAUCAGUCCCAAGAACGUCGCCUCGGUCCUUCUCAUUGCGGACAAGUAUGAGUGCCAAAAGUUGAAGAAGUCGGCCUUGGGCUACUGCAAGUCCAACCAUACUUACAUUAUGAAAGACGAUCAAUGGAAGACCAUUGAGGAGGAGAAACCGGGUCUCUUCGAAGAAGCCGUUUCCGAAGUUAUCAACAAGAAUAUGUGCCAAGCUCACGAGGAGUGCUUGAAAAAGAGUGGAAAACGCUACGAGUUUGAACGUAAUAGCUCGGAAACACAACUUAUUAACGAACACUAAAUCGAUGAUGUUACACGUACUGUCAAUUGUUGCCAUUUUUUUUCUUCAGAAAGUGCUUCGACACAUCCGGGCUAGUCCCCCCCAUUAACCUAGAAAUGAGUUGCCACAAAUUAAAGCGCUUCUAAAAGGAUCAUGGCCGGUAUUUUUGUUUUGUUUUCUUGUAGAACAACCCGGUCUCUGAACAGACGUAUGUAUUGACUGACUGGUACUGUAAAUAAGGUAUUUCAAGUUGGGCUUUUACUCUUCCAAACCUUUUCCCCUUCUCCCUGUAGAUUAACGAUUAAUGGCCCGCUAAAGAAGUAUUCAUUAAUGUCAGACUCGUUCUCGAAUGACCCCAUUUAGAUUGAUUGUCUGAUUUGUAUACAAAUAUGGUAUGAAUAACUAUUCAAGCUUAACCCCUUCUCUCAAACGGGAUGUUAGUGUAAUUGUCGACAGCCACCUUUUUAUUAUAAGGCAAAACUUUGGAUUAGUCCUGCCACUUAAAUAUAGAUUUUCGUCACAUUCCCCCAUCCAACAACUGCGAGAUCCCCCAUGAUUGUCUGACCCAUUAAGAAUGCUUGAACCUUUUUAUAUCUCUGACCUUAUUAAUAUACUCAAGGAUUUCAGUGCGCUCUAAAGAAGUCCUUGAUCAACUCCUCCGCCUUGAACAGCCUUUCUUUGCCCUUAACCCCGCCUAUUGAGAAAAUUCAUUCAGAUUGUAGAAUUUCAUCCUGGUUUCUUGAGCUAGAAUACAAAUCUCGCAAACACGGAGAAAAAUGAUUGAUGAUUGAUUGUCCACAUGCCGAUCGACCUUGUAAGCGAUAUUCAAGGCCAUUAUCUAUCUUUUCACUUUGACUGAAUUGUAUUCGUGAUAGUGAGUACACAUGUCCUCUAGUGCUUCUAGAGAUGUUUGUCAAAUUUGUAAAUACAAGAAAUUCUCAUCCCGCUGACCAGCUCUA